AUGGAUACUGUCAAGCAGUUACUCAAUUGGCUAGAGCCGGAUACCCGUUCGACAGGCGCCUUCAUCGCCGGGGCUGCCACCUGCAUCGCGGGGGCUCUGGUGGUGCUGGCCAGGGCUGUCGAUGGGCGCCAGCACGCUGGGAAGAAGAUUCAGAGAGCCAGAAAACUCAGAGAUGACAGCCUGUCGAGAGCUGAAGAGAUUGUAUUUAACUACAACAGCUCGCAUCCAAAGAUGGAUUCAUCUCUCAUUUUGUCCUUGUCCCUGGCUGAACUUACAAAUAAACUGCAAGAUGGCCUGCUGAGACCAGAAGAUGUGUUUUACACCUACAUAUCAAAGGCUGUUGAUGUAAACAAAAAGUUGAACUGCUGUACAACCAUCCUGAUGGAGAGUUUUGAGCAUCUGAAAAGAUUGGAUUCCAACAAGCGAGGUCUCUUGUAUGGCAUUCCGGUCAGCAUCAAAGAAAAUAUUGCGUACAAGAACUAUGAUACCACCUGCGGUGUGCUCAUCAACCUGGACUGUCCGGUCAAAAAAGACGCUGUUAUUGUGGAAGUCCUAAGGAGACAAGGUGCCAUUCCCUUUGUGAAAACCAACGUCUCCCAAAGCAUGUUAAGUUACGACUGCAGUAACAUAAUCUACGGUCAGACGGUGAACCCCCACAACCUGGAGAAGACCAGCGGCGGUUCGUCUGGCGGCGAGGCAGCUCUCAUCAGCGGAGGAGGUUCCGUGCUCGGAAUAGGCUCAGACAUUGGAGGCAGCAUCCGCAUCCCAGCAGCUUUCUGCGGGAUCUGCGGCUUCAAGCCAACGGCGGGACGACUAAGCAAAAUGGGUAUAGGCAGUAUUUGUCCAGGGCAAAAAUCAGUGUCUGGAUCACCCGGGCCAAUAGCGAAGGACGUGGAUAGCCUGGCUUUGUGCAUGCAGGCGCUGCUUUGUGACCACAUGUUUGCUCUGGAUCCAACUGUCCCUCCUUUGCCUUUUAAAGUGGAGUUGUAUAAGACCUCCCAGUCUCUGAGAAUCGGCUACAUGGAGAGUGACGGCAUCACUCAGCCGACGCCGAGCAUGAUCCGAAGCCUCAGAAAAGUCCGUGUUUUGUUGGAGGAGGCGGGACAUACUCUGGUGCCGUACAGUCCUCUGAGGAUGAAGGAUGCACUUCAUCUCAUUUCUAAAGGCAUCUUUGCAGAUGGAGGGGUCAACCUGCUACAAAAACUGAAGGGAGGACCAAUUGAUCCUUCUCUCAGAUCACAAGUGUACCCUUUCUACCUUCCUUGCUGGCUGAGGAAGACCCUCUCCUUCCUAAUAAGGCCUUUGUCACCUCGUGGUUCUUUUCUCCUAUAUGGCACCACUGGAGUUGGAUCCAUCGCGGAACUGUGGGAUCAGCAUGCUGCCGUGCAGGACUACAUUCACGAAACCAUAGCCGAAUGGAGAAAGUGCAACAUCGAUGUGCUGCUAUGCCCUAUGUUUGGACCUGCCUACAACUUCUUAUACUGCAGCUCUCUUAGCUUUCCACUAUCUUACACGGCAAUCUACAAUCUGCUCAACUUUCCUGCUGGCGUCGUUCCCGUUUCCACAGUGACGACAGAAGAUGAAGAGGAACUUUGCCAUUACCAAGGCAUGUCUCAGGACCGCUGGGACAGGCUUUUCAAAAAGGCAUUGUCAGGAGGCCGUGGUCUGCCCAUAGCAGUGCAGUGUGUGGCCCCGCCGUGGCAGGAUGAGCUCUGUCUGCGCUUCAUGAAGGAGGUGGAGGUGCUUGUUAAACAGAGCAAGGGCUAUUAA